AUGUCUCGCGCUAUUGGUAUUGAUUUAGGUACAACAUAUUCAUGUGUUGGUGUAUUUCAACAUGGUAAGGUUGAAAUUAUUGCUAAUGAUCAAGGUGAUCGAACAACACCCUCCUAUGUUGCAUUCACGGAUAUUGAACGUUUAAUUGGUGGUGCAGCUAAAAAUCAAGUGGCUAUGAAUCCAAUCAAUACAAUCUUUGAUGCUAAACGACUAAUUGGUCGUAAAUUUGACGAUUCAACUGUACAGUCCGAUAUGAAACACUGGCCAUUUAAAGUAAUUAAUGAUAGUGGAAAACCAAAAAUUCAAGUUCAUUAUAAAAAUGAAACAAAAUUAUUUACACCAGAAGAAAUUUCAUCAAUGGUACUGACGAAAAUGAAAGAAACUGCAGAAACUUAUCUUGGCGAAAAAGUUAUAGAUGCUGUUGUUACUGUUCCAGCUUAUUUCACUGAUGCACAACGGCAAGCAACAAAAGAUGCUGGUACCAUUGCUGGUCUCAAUGUCUUACGUAUUAUAAAUGAACCAACAGCAGCAGCCAUGGCUUAUGGUUUAGAUAAAAAAGCAUCAGGGGAAAAAAAUGUUCUUAUAUUUGAUUUGGGUGGUGGUACAUUUGAUGUAUCUGUACUCAUUAUUGAUAAUGGUGUUUUUGAAGUUAAAUCAACGGCUGGUAAUACACACUUAGGUGGAGAAGAUUUUGAUAAUCGUAUGGUUACACAUUUUAUACAAGAAUUUAAAAGAACAACUAAAAAAGAUAUGUCACAAAAUGCACGUGCAAUUCGACGUUUACAUACGGCAUGUGAACGAGCUAAACGCACAUUAUCAGCAUUAUCUCAAACAACAAUUGAAAUUGAUUCACUUCAUGAAGGUCAUGAUUUUUAUGCAACAAUAACACGAGCUCGCUUUGAAGAACUGUGUGCUGAUCUAUUUCGUUCAACACUCGAACCAGUUGAACAAGCAUUGCGUGAUGCUAAAAUGGAUAAAUCAAAUAUUAAUGAAAUAGUACUCGUCGGUGGUUCAACGCGUAUUCCAAAAGUAAAAAAAAUACUUCAAGAUUUUUUUCAUGGUAAAGAACUAAAUAAUUCGGUUAAUCCCGAUGAAGCUGUAGCUUAUGGUGCAGCUGUUCAAGCAGCUAUUUUAAAAGGUGAUAAAUCCGAUGCAGUUAAAGAUGUUCUACUGCUUGAUGUUGCACCACUUUCAUUGGGUAUUGAAACAGCUGGUGGUGUUAUGGCAACAGUGAUUAAACGUGGUACAUCUAUUCCAUCACGACAAGCACAAACAUUCACAACCUAUUCAGAUAAUCAACCUGGUGUUGAUAUAAAAGUUUUUGAAGGUGAACGUAAAAUGACUAAAGAUAAUCAUUUACUUGGAAAUUUUGAAAUGACUGGUAUUCCACCUGCACCACGUGGUGUCCCACAAAUUGAAGUGACAUUUGAUAUUGGAUUUGAUGGCAUACUAAAUGUGUCUGCUGUGGAAAAAUCAACUGGUCGAGAGAAAAAAAUCGAAAUUCGAAAUGAUCAAAAUCGAUUAUCACAAGAACAAAUUCAAAGUAUGCUGAGCGAUGCUGAAAAAUAUAAGCAAGAAGAUGAAUUACAACAUGAACGUAUAGUAGCGAAAAAUGCACUUGAAUCAUAUUGUUUUAAUAUGAAAUCAAGCAUUCAGGAUGAUAAAAUUUCCUCAAAACUUUCAAUGGAUGAUAAAACAAAAAUAAAUCAAACAAUUGAAUCGACAUUAGAAUGGAUAGAAUUAAAUCGAUUGGCUGAAAAAGAUGAAAUUGAACAUAAAAUGAGAGAAAUCGAAAAGAUUUGUUCGCCAAUUAUGACUAAAAUUCAUAACAACGAUAUGCCAUCGGAUCAUAGUACAUCGAAAUCAAAUGGUAAUGGUCCAACAAUUGAAGAACUUGAUUAA